GGCGGCGGCGGCGGCGGCGGCGACGCCGGGCCCGGGGGUGGUGACAGCAGGUCUGAGGUGCACCAUAAAUACAAAGGACUGAAGUUAUAAAAGAGAAAAAAAACAUUGCUGCUAAAAUGAAUCUGAGCAAUACAGUAUAUUUUGUGCCAUACACGAAAAGCAUGGCUGACAAGUGAUGUAGGUCUGCACCCAGGAUCUGAACCAGGGCCGCCAAAGUGGAGUGUGCUGAACUUAACUACUACAUCACAGGCCCGACCCCUAGGUACUAAAAAUUUACCAAAAAGAAUAUUUGUCAAUGAGAGAUAAAGCUGACUGGGAUAUCAAAAGCAAAACACUUGCAAAUAGUGGUCAUCAUGCGUAAAGGGGUGCUAAAGGACCCAGAGAUUGCUGAUCUGUUCUACAAAGAUGAUCCUGAAGAACUUUUUAUUGAUUUACAUGAAAUUGGACAUGGAAGUUUUGGAGCAGUUUAUUUUGCCACAAAUGCUCACACCAAUGAGGUGGUGGCAGUUAAGAAAAUGUCCUAUAGUGGGAAGCAGACACAUGAGAAAUGGCAAGAUAUACUUAAGGAAGUCAAAUUUUUACGACAGUUGAAGCAUCCUAAUACUAUUGAGUACAAAGGUUGUUACUUGAAAGAGCAUACUGCUUGGUUGGUGAUGGAGUAUUGCUUAGGCUCAGCCUCUGAUUUGUUAGAAGUUCAUAAGAAACCACUUCAGGAAGUAGAAAUCGCUGCCAUUACUCAUGGUGCCUUGCAGGGGCUAGCCUACCUGCAUUCUCAUUCAUUGAUUCAUAGGGAUAUUAAAGCAGGAAAUAUUCUUCUAACAGAGCCAGGUCAGGUGAAACUAGCUGAUUUUGGAUCUGCCUCAAUGGCUUCUCCUGCCAACUCCUUCGUGGGCACACCUUACUGGAUGGCUCCUGAGGUGAUCUUAGCUAUGGAUGAAGGACAGUAUGAUGGGAAAGUUGAUAUUUGGUCACUUGGGAUCACCUGUAUUGAACUGGCGGAACGGAAGCCCCCCCUUUUCAACAUGAAUGCAAUGAGUGCCUUAUAUCAUAUUGCCCAGAAUGACUCCCCAACGUUGCAGUCUAAUGAAUGGACAGAAUCCUUUAGGAGAUUUGUUGAUUACUGCUUGCAGAAAAUACCUCAGGAAAGGCCAACAUCAGUGGAACUAUUACGGCAUGACUUUGUUCGACGAGACCGGCCACUACGUGUCCUAAUUGACCUCAUACAGAGGACAAAAGAUGCUGUCCGUGAGCUAGAUAACCUACAGUACCGAAAAAUGAAAAAAAUCCUUUUCCAAGAGACACGAAAUGGACCCUUGAAUGAGUCACAGGAGGAUGAAGAAGACAGUGAACAUGGAACCAGCCUGAGCAGGGAAAUGGACAGCCUGGGCAGCAACCAUUCCAUCCCAAGCAUGUCUGUGAGCACAGGCAGCCAGAGCAGCAGUGUGAACAGCAUGCAGGAGGUCAUGGAUGAGAGCAGCUCUGAACCUGUCAUGAUGCAUGCUGACGAAAGCACAGUAAAUUCCAGUUCCUCGGUUGUGCACAGGAAGGAUCAUGUAUUCAUAAGGGAUGAGGCGGGCCACGGCGAUCCCAGGCCUGAGCCGCGGCCUACCCAGUCAGUUCAGUGCCGGGCCCUCCACUACCGGAACAGAGAGCGCUUUGCCACGAUCAAAUCAGCAUCUUUGGUUACACGCCAGAUCCAUGAGCAUGAGCAGGAGAACGAGUUGCGGGAACAGAUGUCAGGUUAUAAGCGGAUGCGGCGCCAGCACCAGAAGCAGCUGAUCGCCCUGGAGAACAAGCUGAAGGCUGAGAUGGACGAGCACCGCCUCAAGCUACAGAAGGAGGUGGAGACGCAUGCCAACAACUCGUCCAUCGAGCUGGAGAAGCUGGCCAAGAAGCAAGUGGCUAUCAUAGAAAAGGAGGCAAAGGUAGCUGCAGCAGAUGAGAAGAAGUUCCAGCAACAGAUCUUGGCCCAGCAGAAGAAAGAUUUGACAACUUUCUUAGAAAGUCAGAAGAAGCAGUAUAAGAUUUGUAAGGAAAAAAUAAAAGAGGAAAUGAAUGAGGACCAUAGCACACCCAAGAAAGAAAAGCAAGAGCGGAUAUCCAAGCAUAAAGAGAACUUGCAGCACACGCAGGCGGAAGAGGAAGCCCACCUUCUCACUCAGCAGAGACUGUACUACGACAAAAACUGUCGUUUCUUCAAGCGGAAAAUAAUGAUCAAGCGGCACGAGGUGGAGCAGCAGAACAUUCGGGAGGAAUUAAAUAAAAAGAGGACCCAGAAGGAGAUGGAGCAUGCUAUGCUAAUCCGGCACGACGAGUCCACCCGAGAGCUAGAGUACAGGCAGCUGCACACAUUACAGAAGCUACGCAUGGAUCUGAUCCGUCUACAGCACCAGACUGAACUGGAAAACCAGCUGGAGUACAAUAAGAGGCGAGAAAGGGAACUGCACAGAAAGCAUGUCAUGGAACUUCGGCAACAGCCAAAAAACUUAAAGGCCAUGGAAAUGCAAAUUAAAAAACAGUUUCAGGACACUUGCAAAGUACAGACCAAACAGUAUAAAGCACUCAAGAAUCACCAGUUGGAAGUUACUCCAAAGAAUGAGCACAAAACAAUCUUAAAGACACUGAAAGAUGAGCAGACAAGAAAACUUGCCAUUUUGGCAGAGCAGUAUGAACAGAGUAUAAAUGAAAUGAUGGCCUCUCAAGCGUUACGGCUAGAUGAGGCUCAAGAAGCAGAAUGCCAGGCCUUGAGGCUACAGCUCCAGCAGGAAAUGGAGCUGCUCAAUGCCUACCAGAGCAAAAUCAAGAUGCAAACAGAGGCACAACAUGAACGUGAGCUCCAGAAGCUAGAGCAGAGGGUGUCUCUGCGCAGAGCACAUCUUGAGCAGAAGAUUGAAGAAGAGCUGGCUGCCCUUCAGAAGGAACGCAGCGAGAGAAUAAAGUACCUAUUGGAAAGGCAAGAGCGAGAGAUUGAAACUUUUGACAUGGAGAGCCUCAGAAUGGGAUUUGGGAAUUUGGUUACAUUAGAUUUUCCUAAGGAGGACUAUAGAUGAGAUUAAAUUUUUUUGCCAUUUACAAAAAAAAAGAAAACAGAAAAAAAUUCAGACCCUGCAAAACCACAUUCCCCAUUUUAACGGGCGUUGCUCUCACUCUCUCUCUCUCUUACUCUUACUGACAUCGUGUCGGACUAGUGCCUGUUUAUUCUUACUCCAUCAGGGGCCCCCUUCCUCCCCCCGUGUCAACUUUCAGUGCUGGCCAAAACCUGGCCAUCUCUUCUAUUCAUAGUACACGUCACAGUAUUGAUGUGAUUCAAAAUGUUUCAGUGAAAACGUUGGAGACACUUGCAACAAAACCAAUAAACCAACAACAACAAAAAAGUGGAUGUAUAUUGCUUUAAGCAAUCACUCAUUACCACCAAUCUGUGAAAGUAAAGCAAAAAAAUAAUAAUAAAUGCCAAGGGGGAGAGAGACACAAUAUCCGCAGCCUUACACCUUAACUAGCUGCUGCAUUAUUUUAUUUUAUUUUAUUUUUUUGGUAUUUAUUCAUCAGGAAUUAAAAAAAAACAAAGUUUUAUUAAAGAUUGAAAAUUUGAUACAUUUUACAGAAACUAAUUGUGAUGUACAUAUCAGUGGUGACAUAUUAUUACUUUUUUGG